GAAGAAGAUCGUGGUGGAGAUGGGUGGAACUUUGGAGUAUGAUAAAGUGUGCUCUGCCAUUCGGCUCUUGGGCUCCCGAUUCUUCGCUGACUUGCAGGGUCAAAGGAGCAAUGCAAAAAGCAAAACCUAUGAUGCCAAUGCCCUGGAUGAGGUUUCGCAGGACGAGCCUGAGCGAGCUUUUCAGGCUACCAGUCCCGUGCUGCCCGAGGAGGCAGACCAGGAGCUCGACUCCGAGUUCAUCGAGGCCAUGGUUGCUCAUGAUGACCAGGAUGCUCUUCAAGUACAGUCCUUCGAGGAGGAGCUCGAAGGCUUCUUUCAGGAGACUCCUGAAUUGCAAGAGGCCCUGGUGAGUUACUUGGAGGCCCGUACUCGCUUGCUCCAGAAAAAGAAGUCUCGGGGAUUCUGGCCAGUGGGCAGCACUGGCAAGGGAUCUAAAGGAGGCCGCGGCUUCAAGGGAAAGGGCAAGGGAAAGCCAGGGCGUGAUCAGCUGCUGGCACGCAUAGCCCGGAGCACGUGUAGAGCGUGCGGCGAGCGAGGACACUGGAAAGCCGAGUGUCCAAAGUACGGCCGCCCGGGAUCCAUGAGCCAAAAGGGAGAAGCCACCACCACAGUGGCCGAAGUCGAGGAGACUUUCGCGACGACGACGAUCACAACAGACGACACCGCGUCUGAGGUGCACACCAGUGUGCCUGAGGAAGCCAUCUCCCUGGACGAGGCCCAUUUCGCUGAAAGUGGAACACCUCUCCUAUGGAGCAAGAAAGCGAUUAAACAGUUAGGCGGGGUCAUAGACACCAACGAGGAUGUGUGCCAUCUGACGCGUCUGCAGAAGAGCCUGCAUUUGCGUACUGGCCCCACCGGCCUUUACCUCGUGGACCUUGCCCGCCUGUGCGAGGAAAGUGGUCAGGAGCAGCAGUGCCAGACUGUUGGGAAUUCAGAGACAACUAGUUUCCGUAAAUAUCCGGAGACCGAUAAUGAUUCACCGCAGGUUGAAGUUCCAACACCUGCCACUUCAUCUUGUGCUAGGUUGUCGGACCCAACUCUGAAGUACAGCUUGGCCGACAUAGCCAACAUGUCGCUGCCAGAGCUGGGGAAGCUCACGAUCAAUUUCGGACGUGCCAUGAAGGGGCGGACUUACGAGUCUGUCGUGGAAAACGAGCCGGACUGGACGAAAUGGAUGUGCGAGCACAUGUCCUCCAGUCCCAAGCACUGCCAUCAGGCUUUUCUCCUCUAUGUGGAAAAAUAUACCGUCCAUGCGGAACAGCUCGAAGCUGCUCUCUGUCAGGAUUUCGAGGGCACCGAGCCCGAAGCUGCGCCACCGACAGCACGUCCCAAGCCCAGGGCGUCGCCCAAGAAAGUUCGGGCUCCCGGGGCCGAUCGCGUGAGUCCCGACCAGUGGGACAUGGUGUCUGCAAUCGAGGGCGAGGAACCGCCGCUCGACAGCCAAGUGAGCUCCUUGGCCAGCCGCAUGACUCAAAUGGAGCAUGUCAUGCAACAAGUGCUGGGAGCCAUCCAGCAGAUCUCAGGAGCCCAGCAGAGCGCGUGA